UAAUUUCUCCCUUGAUAAAUAGUCGUUUGUUUCCGAAAACGAAUCACUACUGGUUCAUCCGGGGUUUCCCGCGUCACUGCAUAUUCGGGGAGGUCGCCAUACUUCUCUUUGUCUGUGUAAAAUAAGACCUGUCAAGAUGGAGAACCCUGAAACAAUUGGAAUGAGACGGCCGUUCGAUCCUGUGGCACAUGAGUUGGAUGCUAGUUUCCGACUCACCAAGUUUGCUGACCUAAAGGGAUGAGGGUGUAAAGUCCCUCAAGAAGUUCUUGAUAAACUUCUCGAGGGACUACAACAGGACAGCAAUGCCCAGGAGUCGGAGCAGUCUCAUUUCCAGUACAUGGCUGAAACUCCCCGAAUGGGUAUUGGUAUGGAUGCAUCAGUCACACCAUUACGUCAUGGAGGUCUCUCAUUGGUUCAGACGACAGAUUUCUUCUAUCCUUUGGUUGAUGACCCUUAUAUGAUGGGUAAAAUUGCUUGUGCUAAUGUUUUGAGUGAUCUGUAUGCUAUGGGUGUGACAGAUUGUGACAACAUGUUGAUGUUGCUUGGUGUCAGUAAUAAAAUGACCGAGAAAGAACGAGACAUUGUUGUUCCCAUGAUGCUGAGGGGAUUUAAAGACCAUGCUGAAGAAGGAGGAAGUUCUGUUACUGGUGGUCAAACAGUCAUUAACCCAUGGUUAACUAUUGGUGGGGUAGCUACCACAGUGUCACAACCAAAUGAAUUUAUUAUGCCAGAUAACGCUGUAGUUGGUGAUGUGUUGGUAUUAACAAAACCUUUAGGAACACAAGUAGCUGUAAAUGCUUACCAAUGGUUAGACCAACCCGAGAGAUGGAACAGAAUUAAACUGGUUGUAUCAGAUGAUGAUGUAAGGAAAGCAUACCAAAGAGCUAUGUUUAGUAUGGCUAGGCUUAAUAGAACAGGUGCUAGACUUAUGCAUAAAUACAAUGCUCAUGGAGCCACAGACGUUACAGGAUUUGGAUUGUUAGGACAUGCUAAAAACCUUGCUAAGAUUCAGAAGAACGAAGUGAGCUUUGUCAUCCAUAAUUUGCCCAUUAUAGCAAAAAUGGCUUCAAUAAGUAAAGCCUGUGGAAACAUGUUUGGAUUGCUACAAGGACAUUCUGCAGAAACAUCAGGAGGUUUAUUAAUGGCAUUACCAAGGGAACAAGCAGCAGCAUUCUGUAAAGACAUUGAAAAACAAGAAGGUUAUCAAUCGUGGAUUAUAGGUAUUGUAGAGAAAGGAAACCGAACAGCCAGAAUUAUAGACAAACCAAGAGUGAUAGAAGUUCCAGCUAAAGACCGAGACGGAGAGCUCUGGUAGCCAAUGAACACAUGCAAUAAUUCUCAUCAUACUUUCUACAUCAUAUUUACAUGUCUGAACUGAGCAAAUUUGAUUGAAUUUUGUCAUCUCAUUUUCAUCUUUUAAUCAUACUUCAUUGUUAAAUUUUUAUUUUUAAUUCAAGAUGCUAAAAAAAGAAGCAGAGUUGUCUGUCCUGACUCACUAUUGCUUUAUACAUUGUAUCUGUGUAUUAUGUGGUUCACCUGUGUAUGAAGUGGAUUUUAGCAACAUAUAACAAUAUGAGUAAAUCCAUGGAUGUAGCAGUGUUGUCACAUUGUGUACAGAUACAAAGAUGCACCUUUAUUAUGUUAUUUGGACAAUUUUGACAUUUUCUUGGUUCUAGAAUAAAACUUAAUUUUAAUUUCAUAUAGAACUAAUUUCUCUUUGUUGGUCAAACAAAUUAAAUGUAUAUCAUGACUGUCAAUUUGUUUUCUCCUGAAAAUUAUGAAAUUAAGUUAGACCUCAUGAACUAUUGUAUUACUGCUGUUUAGGCAGAAAUAUAAAAAUUCAAUUAAAUUUUAACAAAAUAAUCAUGAUUGUGUUGAUUAGGCUGAUACAUUGAAAUCAUGAAAUUUGUGAUCAUUGUCCAAAAUAAAAUGAAGAAAUCAAUGUCAUUAAAAUAUACAAUGUUAAAAA